AUGGGAGGUCUAUCUGCUAUUACAUCUAUUCAUGAUCAGUUUCUUCUGCUUCUUCCUCUGUUGUUGCAGCUGCUGCUUUUUGAUUUUCUAUACCUUGGAAUUAGCAAUAAUAUUGUUGGAGCUGCUGGUCUCACUGUGAGCAACAACAGCAGCUGCAAAGAGGGAGAGAGACAGGCACUGCUCGAGUUCAAAGCUGGUCUAAACGACACUACUUCGGGGCGGCUCUCUUCUUGGAUUGGUGAUGAUUGCUGCACAUGGAGAGGUGUGGGCUGCAACAAUCGGACCGGCCAUGUCAUCAAACUCGACCUUCGAAAUCAACCUGUAUACUUUGUAGUAGAGAGGGCAUUUGUUGUUGAAUAUACAGAAAUUGAUUGGGAAGCUGCCCAGAAGUCUUCUUUGGGUGGAAAGAUAAGUCCUUCAUUGCUCAAAUUGAAACACUUGAAUUACUUGGACCUCAGCUUCAACAUUAAUUUUCAAGGAACCCAUAUUCCAAAAUUCAUCGGUUCCCUUCAUAACUUGAGGUAUCUCAAUCUCUCUUUUGCAUCAUUUGGUGGAACAAUUCCUCCUCACUUUGGAAACUUGUCUAGAUUGCAAUAUCUUGACCUCCAUACUCCAACUCCCUAUUUUUAUUUUGUUGAAUAUGAGCUAAACAUCAACAAUCCUCACUGGCUCUCUGGUCUAUCUUCUUCUUUGAGGUACCUAAACAUGAAAAAUGUGAGCUUUACAGGUAAGUCUUCAACUGACUGGAUACAAGCUGUUACUAUGCUUCCUUCUCUGUCAGAACUACACCUGUCCUUCUGUGAACUUUCCAACAUCCCUCUCUCAAUAUCAUCUCUUCCAUAUGCUGCAAAUUUUACUUCUCUUCUAGUCCUCGAACUUGCCUGGAACAACUUUAACUCCUCAAUUAUUCCUCCCUGGAUUUUUAAUAUUACUAGUCUUACUGUUCUUGACUUAUCUGGUGCGGACACUGAGGGAAGGAUACCAAAAACUUUGGGCAAUCUUUGCAAUUUGAAACGGUUAGAUCUAUCAUAUUCCAAUAUUAAUGGCGAAAUAACAGAAUAUGUGAACAGUUUGUCCAUCUGCAAUUCUAAUAGCCGCUUGGAGACACUACAUUUGGGAUACACCGAAGUUUCAGGUCUGAUUCCAUCAUCUAUCGGAAACUUGUCGUUCUUGAUAGAUUUGGACCUCUCUUCAACUCAACUUUCAGGUCCAAUUCCUACUUCUAUCGGAAACUUGUCUUCCUUGAUAGAAUUAGACCUCUCUGAUACUCAACUUUCAGGUCCAAUUCCUACGUCUAUCGGAAACUUGUCAUCCUUGAGAACAUUAGACCUCUCCUACAAUCAAAAAUUGGAUGCAACUAUUCAGAGUACAGUAGAUUUGAGUUUCAAUCAAAUCAAUGGUUCUCUCCCCCUUUGGUCUAAUGUCAUUAAUCUAUAUCUUGGGACAAAUUUAUUCACGGGACAAAUUCCUCAGAAUAUUGGUGAAGUUUUAGGGUCUGGAGUAGCCUCUUUAGAUUUUUCUGGGAAUUUUUUAAAUGGGAGCAUUCCUUCUUCUAUAUGUCAACUACCGAGUUUGUUGUAUCUUAUUCUUUCAAAUAAUAGUUUAUGGGGAGAACUCCCUAAUUGUUGGAAGCACAUAAAGGGCUUGACGGUUCUAUAUUUAAGUAACAACAAUCUAUCAGGCAGGAUUCCUCAAUCAAUAGGUUAUUUAUCUUCAUUGGAAAUUCUACUACUUAGUAGCAGCAACUUUCGUGGGAAGCUUCCUUCAUCAUUACGAAAAUGCACAUCUAUAUCAAGUCUUGAUCUUGGCACAAAUGGAUUCACUGGCAAUAUACCAACAUGGAUUGGAGAAAGUGUAUUAGCUCUGAGACUUAUCCGUCUUCAUUCCAACUUUUUCACUGAAGAAAUUCCUUCACAAAUCUGUAAGCUUUCUGGGCUUCACAUCUUGGACCUCUCACAUAAUAAUCUAUCAAGAUUCAUCCCACAAUGUUUGGGAAACUUGAGUCAUCUAGAAUCAACUAAGGCACGUUUUACACGAUACUGGCAUUAUGAGGAGCAUAUGAAGGUAGUUACAAAGGGAAGAGAACUUGAAUACACCUCCACUCUUGUCUUAGUGAACAGCAUUGAUCUUUCAUGCAAUCAUCUAUCAGGAAAAAUUCCAGAUGGGAUCACAAGGCUGGUAGGAUUGGGUACGUUGAAUUUAUCAAUGAAUCAUUUGACAGGAAAAAUCCCAGAGAAGAUUGGGGAUUUGGAAUAUCUGGAAACACUUGACCUCUCCAGAAACCAACUUUCUGGUGAGAUUCCUCCAACCAUAUCUUCUUUAACUUUCUUGAGCCAUUUGAACCUCUCACAUAACAAUUUAUAUGGGAAAAUUCCGUUAAGUAACCAGAUUCAGACCAUUAGUGUUGAUGCAUCCAUUUAUAGUGGGAACUCCGGACUUUGUGGGUGGCCCCUACCUAAUAAUUGCCCAGGCACCAACAUAUCUCCUCCAUCUCCACUUCCUCCAACAAAUGAUGAUGCCAAAGUUGAUGGAGAUCAUCAAAAUGAAGAAUGGAUGGAUAUGUUAUGGUUUUACAUCGGCGGCGUUAUGGGCUUCAUUGUGGGAUUUUGGGCGGCUGUUUGGGUAUUCCACCACGCUAAAGGUUACCGGCAAUUGCCCAUGUACUAUGAAGCCGAUAGAAUCGCCUCUACUGAAGACUCUACUAGGUGGCCAGGGAGUUCGGAUGACAAGUUAUAUCAGAGAAAGAAGCAGAAAAGCAUGGCUGAACUUUUGACAGGGGAUUUCUAUGUUGAUCAUCGGAGGAGUGAGAGUGAUGUUGUUGGUGAAGUUAUCUCAGGAAGAGGGGGACGACCACUGAAGACCGAAGAGAUCAAGGAAGUGGAACCAGAUGAGCAUGGAAUAUUCACUCUAGGAAAAAGUGAGAUUGGGAUUCAGAUGCAUGGAGACAAAGUUCACAGUGAGACAAUCUGA